CACAUUUGUCCCUCUCCAUCGCACCGCAUCCGUUCCCCCACGCUCACAUCGCGCCGCAUUGAGGAUCGUACAGUUACAGAGGAACGGCACGAAUUACGCGGACCUCAGUGCGUAAAAUGCACAUCCGAGGCGGCUUUAUUUCGACUGCCCUUCAGGUCAUCUGCUGCUGAGGUCAACAUGAACUCACCGCCAAUUUUCCGUCAAAACCUGUGCGUCACAUUCUCAACCCAGCGGGUCAAGUAGAGAGCCACGUGAAAGCAUUAAAACUCUAAGACCCCCGGAUCUCACAUCAGUAACUCACUGUUGACUCUUUAAAUGAAAAUUUAGGAUUUAUUCCAUUUUUGUUGAAAGAUAUGUAGUUGGAAUCGUGAAGGGUCCAGUCUGAAAAACUCUUGGAUUAUGUCUUGUUUUUCUAAAAAUGGCAUGUUGACUGUCAAUAAAUGUUAACGUGGAGAAGAAUCUCAAUGGAAUCGCUGAGAGUAACCCAGAGAACAACUUUCAUUGACUUGCGCUGUUUGAUGUUUGCAGUUUUGCUCGACAGCCGUUCAUCGUAAAACUCACUUCGCUCUGAAAUUGCUUUUGGUGAUGGUGGUGGUCUAAUUCAGAAACACAACAAUGCAGAAGUUCUGACCGCGGCCUCAUCUUCGGUGGAACCGUCUCUCGAAUGCCCUCUCCAAUUUGAGCCAAAUGAUAAGAAAUCCACUGGAUUUAUAGAUUCAUCGAGCAGCAGAGGUCUCAUUUAUCUUCAAUCCCAGGAGCUUUCCUCCAGCUUGAGAAGAAAACCUCAAUCCCGAACACGUUUGUAACUUCUGCCCCAUGUUGAAUUGGAUACGGUUUUGAAGAUGGCUCCUGGCUGGAGAGAUGGAGCGUGGGUAUUGACGGUCGCUCUGGGAAUUCUGCAGUGCUGUGGAUGGUUGACUGGUCAGACCUUGAGGACUAGUGUGGGGAUGAAUGGAGACGGUCCUGAGCAAUCGCCGAUGUCUCUGGAACGGGUGAAGAGAGGUUGGGUCUGGAAUCAGUUCUUCGUUGUGGAGGAAUACACGGGGACAGAGCCGCUCUACGUAGGAAAGAUCCACUCGGACUCGGAUGAAGGCGACGGAUCUAUUAAGUACACCAUCUCUGGUGAGGGGGCAGGGACUAUCUUCAUCAUCGACGAGAUCACCGGCGAUCACGCCACAGAGAGACUGGACCGGGAGGAGAAAGCCUUCUACACUUUACGAGCUCAGGCGCGAGACCGGCAGACGGACGCGCCGCUCGAACCUGAGUCAGAGUUCGUCAUCAAAGUCCAAGACAUCAAUGACAGCGAGCCCAAGUUUCUAGAAGGGCCGUAUAUCGGAAGUGUGGCUGAACUCUCUCCUAUCGGUAGUUCAGUGAUGAAGGUUAUGGCCUCGGAUGCAGAUGACCCGACGUACGGAAGCAGCGCCCGGAUAGUUUACAGCGUUCUGGACGGAGAGAGAUUCUUCAGUGUUGACCGUCAAACUGGAUUGAUCCGGACAGCCGUGGCGGAUCUCGACCGCGAGACUCAAGACCGUUAUGAGCUGGUUGUCAAGGCAACAGAUAUGGCAGGCCAAAUGGGUGGUCUCUCUGGCUCUACCACGGUGACCAUAGUGAUUACGGAUGUUAAUGACAACCCUCCGCGCUUCCCUCAAAAGAUGUACCAGUUUUCGGUGUCAGAAGGGGCGGCGAUCGAGACCGCGGUGGGUCGAGUGAUCGCCACAGAUGCCGACAUGGGUGAGAACACAGACAUGAGUUACCUGAUCAAAGAUGAGGAAGGAGGAGAACUCUUCAAAGUCUCCACGGACGGCGACACACAAGAGGCCGUGAUCACCAUCAAAAAGCCUCUAGACUUCGAGAGCAAGCGCUCACAUAACGUAGUCGUCGAGGCGGUAAAUAAACACGUGGACCCUCGUUUCGUGGACCUGGGGUCCUUCCGGGACCAGACCAUAGUGAGGGUGAGUGUGUUGGAUGUGGACGAAGCCCCCAUCUUCAUCCCCUCCUCUGGUACCAUCAUGGAAGUUCAGGAAGAUGCCCGGUUGGGAGCUCUGGUUGGGAUCGUGACGGCGAGAGAUCCGGAUAUGGAUAAUGUCCCCGUCAGGUUCUCUAUAGAUCGAAACACAGACCAGGAGCAGAUCUUUAACAUCGACCCUGUAACCGGUGCCAUUACUCUGGCAAAGAUCCUGGACCGCGAGACGGCCGGCUGGCACAACAUCACUGUCACAGCAAUGGAAGCAGAUAACACGUCCAUGGCCUCUCAGACCGCUGUAAGCAUCCGGAUACUGGAUGUCAAUGACAAUCCUCCCGAGCUAGCGACUCCAUACGAGGCGUCCAUCUGCGAGGAUGCCAAACCCGGCCAGCUCAUUCACACCAUCAGCGUUGUGGACCGGGAUGAGCCGCAGUCCGGACAUCGGUUUUAUUUCACGCUGGUGCCCGAGGCCUCCAACAACCGCCAUUUUACCCUGUGGGACAUUAAAGAUAACACGGCAGGCAUAAGGACCCAGCGCUCCGGGUUUAACCGUCAGGAGCAGAAUAUUUACCUCUUACCCAUCUUGGUGGUUGACAGCGGCCCGCCCGCCCUCAGCAGCACCGGGACGCUCACUAUACACGUGUGCGGGUGCGACACGGACGGAGCCAUCCAAUCCUGCAACGCCACAGCUUAUGUCAUGUCCGCGGCGCUCAGUCCCGGUGCUCUCAUCGCCCUGCUGGUCUGCAUCCUCAUUCUGAUCGUGCUGGUUCUGCUCAUCUUGACCCUGAAGCGUCACAGGAAGGGCCAGCGGAUGUCCGAGGAUGAGGAGGACAUGCGUGACAACGUCAUCAAAUACAACGACGAGGGCGGAGGUGAACAGGAUACGCAAGCGUACGACAUGAGCGCCUUACGCAGCCUUUACGACUUCCCAGAGGUCAAGAACUCCGACUCGGGCCCAGACCUUCGCUCCGUCCCCCAGUGGAUCCAGAACAGGGUGAGCGGAGACGGAGGGCCUGCCGACUUCUCGCUCUUCAACGGAUACAUACGUAAGAAGGUGGAGCAGGCGGACGCGGACCUGUCGGUGCCGCCCUACGACUCCUUCCAGACUUACGCUUUCGAGGGCACCAGCUCGCCGGCCCUCUCGCUCAGUUCCAUCCGCACGCUGUCCACCACCUCCGAACAGGACUUCUCUUAUCUCAGUGACUGGGGUCCACGCUUCAGACAACUGGCUGGCUACUACGCCCCCGCCCAGCCUGAAGAAGAGGGGUCCUAGCACCCUCCUAAUUUCCCGAGCUGUCACUUUUCCUCCCGUUUUUACCCAACUUCAGGGCCCUCUGGAGCCGUCUACUACCCUGCCGUUCUUGCCCACAGCAACGCAGAGACAUUUUGUUGGAACGCUAUGAGUCCGGGGAGAUUUAAUGUCACCCGAAACUCUUUCUAAAGUGACUUCUUGUUGUGUAGAGAAGUUCAGGAGGCGAGCGGAGAUGGGCCGAGGCGCUGGGCAAACCUCCAAUGUUCUCUCACCUGUCAGCGAGCAGUGCCGUGCCAUAUGCACCCGAGCAUACACUCACUGUUUCCUUAUUCAAACUUUCCUGUGCUUUUCUUUCACCAUCUGUGGAAACUUUAACUGGCAAAAGGAGGAAUAUCACGGAAAAAUACUUUUUUAAAACACCAACAACAAAAACAAAAGUCUAAAUAUGUAUUUAUUUAAAGAAAAAACAACAAACAAACAAACAAUGAAAAAGGUUAUUUAUGUAUUUAUUGCUUUCUAUUUAUUUAUUUAUUCAUCCUGGCACUAAAAACGAAAUCCAAACGGACGUGACUUUUGAUGAUAUUGAAGACGACGGGGUGACAGAUGAACACUUCUGUAUGUUCUGUCGUUGAGUGAAAAAUGAAGAGUUGGGCGGAAGUUUACAAACUAAUGCUGACACCUUCAAGUAAUCCAGUCUUGAAGAUAUUUGUAUUUCUUUUUUAGCGACUCUUUUUGUAAGAUAUGAACCGAAACGGGCAGAGAUGAGUGACGGCUGUAGGGUUGAGUCUCACGAAGACAUGUCCUGCUCACAUUUCACCCAAAAAUUAAAAGAUGAAGUUAAAUGUUAUUUUGCUAGAGCGAAUGAAGACUGUUUUCACAAGAAUAUCAUUUGUUAGCAUUUUUAAAUCCCAUGACAUUUUUCAUAAUAAAACGUUAGAAAUUGUACUUAAUUAUCAUUAUGAUUUUAUGUAUUCAAAAAAAGGUUUUAUUUUAGGGUGAAAUGUUCUUGACAUGCUUUGUGAGUAUUGGUUUUGUCUUGUCAUACAUUUUGUGUAUCGUGUUACUUUUUACUAAUGAACACUUGUUCUUAAUGUUGCGUUUGGCUUUGAAUUUUCCUUUGGUGAAGGAUUUCAAGGGAGACACAGCGGUGCACAAAACACAAUAAGAAACAAAGGAACACGUCUGUUCCUGAAUCAGUUGUUUUAUUGAUAUUUCCAGCUCUUUAUGUUCAUUGAGUGUGUGUGUGUGUGUGUGCAGAACAUCUCCAGUUUCCUUUCAUUGGAUGAUUUGAGUUUUUCUGUGUUGGUUCGGGCUGAUAAACUGCAGUGAUUGUUUUCAGACGGGUGUCGUGGUCCGUUUUUUUCCUUGAACCAGCACCCUUUAAUAUCAACCCAAAAAAUGCAGAUGUAUGGCUCAAAAACAACAAUAAAUAUUUACGUUUUUUUCUA